AUGGAAGCUAUCGGUGGCAUCGCUAGUGUCACAGGGGUGGUGGGAUCCAUCGGACAAAUCGCAGGCGGCUGUAAAGUCGCCAAAGAAAUCAUCGGUGACAUUGGGAACGCACCUAACGACAUCAUAAGGCUUGCGGAGUGUAUUAAAAGCAUCGAAAAGAGCUCGAAUGAAGUUCUACGCCAACAUGAACAACUAAAGACCCAUUAUGGAAUGCAAGAUAUACCUGUGGCUGGAGCACAUAUGCUUGAAGCCAUUCGAUCUGUUGAAAACAAGCUCUCUUCAUCCGCGGAAAUAUUUGGCAACUCAGAGACAGGCUCGAAGAAUAAGUGGAAACAAUUCUGGCAUCGACUGAAAUAUGCUGCAGAUAAAGAAGAGAUUAAAAAAUUGAUGCAGUGGGUGGAUAGCACCACACAACAAGUUACGCUAGUUCAGCAAAAUUUGUCAAGGAUUUUUCAACUCGAACAAAGUGACUUAUUGAAGGAAAUGAGUAGCAAAAUUAUAGCAGUUCCGCAUGUCAUUCAAGAUUCCAGAGAUGCAAUCAUAUCUGCGCAACAAAACCAAACCGAGACACUUCGCUUGGAGAUGCAAAAGAAUCAAAGUCGCUUAGUACAGAUCAUGUCAACGACUAUAGCUACCAAAGCGUCAGAGGAUGUUCGUGAGGAUCUGUUAGCGAGCUCAAAGGGAGCCAUGGAGAAUUGCAUCGAAGCACAACGUUUAGAUAUUGGGCCCCAAGUCCAAUUUCUUGUUGGCAAGUGUUUGCAACGCAAUUUGCCAAUACAUUCAGCCAAACUUGCAGAAAAACGAGGUAAUAAUGUGGCUGUGUCUCUUUCGAGUUCAAACCAUGUCACGCCGAUAUCUAACCAUGCUUUAUCAACACCCGAUAAGAUGCAGCGGAGGAAGAAAAGAAAGAGCCUCGUUUCUUCAACAUUCUACAAUUACAGGUUUCUCGGGAUUAAUGUCUCCAUGGCAGUCUCAUCGUAUGCCAAUGGUCAAUAUCAAUUCUCAAGGUCAUCUUCAGACUCACGCGAUCUAUCUUCAACUUCAGUAUCUAUUUUCCUCACGAUACCGUGGGCCAGAAGGGGUCUCGAUUUACGAUAUGAGAUGACUAGCGUACCUUAUUCUCGCGAAAGCUUUGUUUGUCUUAGACCAUAUUACACGCAUCCAGAUGGUAGCGAAUUUCAUACAGCAGCCAUAGAAUAUGACGUCGAGACAGCGCGCAGCUUAAUAAACCAAGGAAGGGCUUCCCCACUGGAUAAAAUUGAGAACUUUGAUGAUCUACUACAAUUUGAGGAUUGGGGGCCAGAUGCUGAAAGCAGCGAUCUACAUUUUGAAUGGAUGGAAUUUGUUCUUGGGUACCAAGUCAAUAGAUAUAUCGAUAUUGACGAGCUUCUUUUUUUCUUGUGUGCAUACAUUUUGGAGGUACCAGAGUCAAUGGGUGUGAACCUGGACACGGCGUUUUCGCUGUUGCUUGUGGAUCAUCCGUCGCCAGAACAAAGUCAGCGAAUAAUGCGUCUCAGGAAUUAUGAACCGUUAAUUGACUGGGAUUGUCACGAGUUACCAAGCAAUCCCGGUUUCUAUCUCGAAAAUAGUCGUCAACUUUUUGAAAAUCCUCGAGGAGAUGAAAUGGAGGCUGCUUUAGAUAGAGGGUGUCACUACCGCUUGGUAUCUGACAAUGAAGUGCACGACGUAAUAAUUCACUACUCUCAUGAGGAUACUCGACAUUUUUCACCUGAGGUAUCGAUUCUGAAGUUUAUCAGUUCUUACACUGAACCCAGAAGCAGAGAAGAGGUCAUUCACUGCUGCAGUAACCGGCUCAAAAUGUUGUUAAAAAAAGGUCAUAACUUAAAUGGAAAGGGUGUAUUUGGAGUGAUACAGUUCUCUCCCGAGGAUCGGCUUGCAAUUUAUCACUCUACAGUCAACUACGCAACUAGUACUGGAGUUUGGAAGGAUCUCAAAGAGAUGCUUGUUCAGAUAGGGUGGAACGAAAGAGAGAUUCAAGAGUUGUAUGAUGAAGAGAUCUUGAUAGGAGUCUCCACUUUAAUGGAAGUUUUGCAAUACCACACCAUAAAAAACGCACGGGAAGAAUUCCUGCAGCGGCUGCUUGAUGUUGAUGAUUACUCAUGCUUUUAUUCCGAAGAACUCCCAAUAGAACUAGCUACGUUGCCAUGGUUUAUUUCUGACGCUAUUACCCAUGCCUGUCUUCAAUGGCCAGAAAAAAUCGACAUACCGGGGUCGUGGCCAGAAGAACAGGUUGUCAUGGAAUCGAUAUCCGAGAAAGAUCUUAUUAUGCCAUGGUGCUUGAAUUUCUAUUCUCUCACAGUAACGCAUUCGCGUUAUUAUACAUGUAUUCACUAUGGCUAA